CAAUUGCUAUGGAACUCUACCAGUAUCAACCUCUCUCUGAUAACGAUUUCACUCGUUUUCUUAAACUCUAUCCCAGCUUGGUCUACUCGGCACCGCUUCAAUGUGACCUGAUACAUUGCCAGGAGGGGCAAAACCGCACAUCCCGAGGAGGAAUUUAGCGCCAUCGAGCUUUCAGACAAUCCGGACCGUAGAUGGUACGCCUUUUUCGAAAUUGUGACUAUGGGAAGGCGCUUAUGGGAUGGGAAUGCAGUGCAACCACCCAGCGACUUUAUCAAUCUCCUUUUCAAUGGACAGAGAGAGGGACCCGAGACUAAAACAACAAAGGCUGGGUUGGAUGCAACCUUGCACAGCAGAGUCGUCGAACACGAUUCGACCGACCUAGUGGAUUUGUCCGACCAGCAAGCGCUAGUCAAAUUAGCAGCAAGUAAGCUGCGGCUGCGAUCAUCUGUCAAGCAGUUGAUUGAAUUGAUGGAAGGCCGCUGCUUGUGUGUCAAUAGUAACGGAGAGCUCAUGAACUGCCCAAGCGACGCGAAAUCUGGCGACGUAGUGGCCGUACUUGCCGACAUCGAUAGCCCUUUCAUAAUCAGGCCAGUGAGUGUAAGAUCGGGCAUCCGAGGUCGCGAGAAAAGGUAUUGCCUGAUUGGGGACGGUUAUGUCGAAGGUAUAAUGGGAGGACAACUCGAAGCUAAUAGGGCACGUGGGGAGCCGUGUGAGUUUCUCUUGGUGUAAUCAAUUGAGCAGUGAAACUACAGAUCGAUUGAUCUGUGCGAGUCAUCUCAUUCUUACAUUGCCUACUCUUGCUGUAAUCGUAAUCGAUGUGCACUCUACUUGUGGCCGGGUGAUACCCACAAUCUACACUCACAGACACCAAAAAGGUCCCGAGAUGGCAGGCUAAUACUUCAUCGUCGAGCGACUUCCCCAGGGGGCGUAUGCGAACCGGAUCGUCAGCGCGACGGCUGGAGUGUUUCGAAACAUUUUGGGUCCAACUAGGGUGCAUGAAACGAGCCAUG